UGCAGGUGGAGUUGUCAGUCUGCAAUUUUGAAGUAGAGGCUGGAGGAGGUUUAACAACCUGAGCUGAAGACAAUCAGAAAAAAAGUGCAGGCAAAAGUAAUGUGGCUUGGUCACGCUGGGUGGUCAUUAUCCUUGUCAGCGAGAUGACGGGAGGUACAGAUUGCCCCUGGACAGGCAGUUAGGAGUGUGUGCUCCUCUGGACGGAGAAGAGGAUAAUACUCGGGACCAGGCACAGUGUUGUACAUUACUGAGGGCCCGGGAUGCCCAAGGAACCAAGAGGAGAUACCCAAGGGUGUGUAGGGGAGAGGGAACGCACCUCCCGUCCAGCCAGUAAAAAUGCUAAAGACAAAAGCAACAGUGCUGCCCUUUUGGCCUCUAGAGCAAGAGCACAUACUGAACAGGAAAUAAAUGGACGUGACUCACGCUGCUCUGAGAAAGACUCCGGUUACUCGGACACCGGCUCAGACUCCUUGCAGACUGAUGCAGAUGACCAGCAAAGCAGUGUAAAUGAGCCUCAGGUCCACAAGGGUUUGGGUGGGACCGAUCAGGGCUCCCUACAGGGAAACCACAUACUGGUAUCCGGGAGGCCUGAACUCACCCUAUUCAUUAUUAAGAAUGUGGUGUUGAAGCAGCCUGGGCAGUCUGGUCAGGACCACAUCCUUCCUUCAUCUCUUACAUGGGAAGGAGGUGCUCCGAAUAAUCAAGGUCCCACCCACGUUCUCUUGUUACAACAGCCUGGCAUCAAUCAGAGCGCCCCAUUGCACAUCCUCAAACCCCAGCCACAGAGAUCUGAAAGCAAGGGUGUAAAGAAGAGCAAAAACACUUACCUGCCCAUCCUAAACUCCUAUCCUCGAAUUGCGCCUCACCCGAGUAAGAAAACCCCAGAGAAACCUACAACCAGUAGAGGAAGUAACACAGAGGAGCACAGCCUGAGUAAGAGAGUAUGCACCGAGGAGAAGAGAGACGAGGUAUCCACAACCACGCAAGCGGCGAGGCAGCAUCUGCACAAGCAGCCAGAGAAGAACUUGCUGUUGCACUCUCAUUCCCUCUCACGUUCGCUGUCCACAGGCCACGAGACGCUUUCUGGGUCUCACCAGCACCAGAGCCCACGCCGCCCAUCUAGUCCCUCUGCCUCCCUCAACGUGAGCUCUCCGUCAAUCUCAAGCACUCAGACUCCUUCCCCACCCUCUUCCAACGACCUCAUCCAGGCCAGAAAAGAGCCCCAUAAGCAUUGCCCGGAACCAAGCAGUGGCAAGGGGUCGAACAACCUUAAAGGGACAGCGCGGCAUCGCCGCUUCCUCAACACAGUGGAGAUUCUGAGUCAGCUGGGACUAUUCGACAUCACCUUAAGAACGCAGGAUCUGCUGCGGCAAAAUGCCGCCACCGAACGAGACAUAGCCCAGCUUCGCCAACAUGCCGAUCUGCUUUUCCAGGCCGCCCAAGCCGGUGCUGAUGCUCCGGCUGCCUGGGAAAAGCUCCAACAGGUCAUGGCUGAGUCUGGGCGCUAUCCCAGCCUCAAGUGCCUCCCUACAGACAGCAGCAACGGAGGGGACUGGUCUCAAUCGAAGGUGGAAGUUGAGGCAGCCACCAGCACCAAACCUGAUACUCCUGUGGUAUACGGCUAUAGAAUUCAUGGGACUGAAGAGGUGGCGCCCCCAUCCCCUCUUCUAGCUCCAAUGCCGGAUGCAGAAUGCCAGUUGACAGGUCAAUACGACUCUGUCAAUGAUAGCACCACCACUUCUGAGCAGAUCAGAGCCCACAGAGGAGCCAUGAGACCACCAGAUGAUCCCAUAAUGCCUCCAGACAGCUCUACACACGGAAACCUGCUUUAGACUGCGCCCAGAAACAGCAAGGGAGACUACAAGACAUUUUCCCGAACGUCUCAAACAUGACUUCAGAGAUGUCAUGUCAUUGCCCCAAUGUUCAGUCGCCUCCAUGGUAACUCAGGGCUAUGCUUAAGGACAGCGUCUUGACUGCGCUGCAUGCCAUCUUUCUGUCUGUCACUUUUUUUCACUCAUCAGCAUCAACAAUCACCCAAAGUGUCUGAUGAGAUAUACAGAAUUUAACACACAUGCUACAGACUGCCACUGUCACUGAUAUUAUCUGCAUCCUGCCACAUAACAGAAUCAAGACACAACUUCAGUUUUUUUUUU